GUAGCAUUGGUAACACUGGACUCGUUCAAGAUCUCGUCAGUCUUCUCUUUAUUUGUCUAUAAAUAACCUAUAAAUUACUAUAAACAAAUCAUAAAUUAACCAAAUAACUAAUACUUUGGUAUUAUGAGUUAAUAUAUAUAAUAUAUAUAUAUUCUUAAUAAGCAAAUAUGGAAAAUUAUACUAAAGGAAGAAAUGUAGAAGAUCCACUGCAUUUAACAGAUAUUCCUAUUUCGAAUAUUCCCCAAAAUGUGCUGUGGAUGCAGGUUAGAGGAGGUACUAAAAUGAGAAAUGUGAUAUCUCAUGUUACGACAUUUUAUGAGAAUAAGAUUGACGAUAUAUCUUGCAUCUGGACAGGAUAUGGAACAUCUGUUGAAAAGGCCAUUUCUUGUGCUGAAAUUAUGAAAAGAAAUUAUAACUUUAAACUACAUCAGAUUACAAAAAUUGGUUAUAAAAUAGUAGAGGAAUAUUGGGAUCCUGUUGUCCCAGAACUGGAUCAAAUAGUGGUGAAGAGAAAACUUCCUAUAGUGCAUAUUUAUUUAUCCAGCAAACCCUUGGAUAGUAGAGAACUAGGUUAUCAACCCCCUGGUCAGUUUGUACCAUAUCAAGAAAAUGUCAAAAUAUCAAAGGAGAAAUGUGAUACCAACAAGGCGUCAGAUUCAAAAAAAAAACAAAAAUAAAUGAUGAUACUGAUUGAUCGCUGUUCCCCUGAUUAGAACCUGUUUCAUUGUUGAUAUCAGGUAAUAUAUCAUCUUGCUCAAAAUGUUGCUUCAGGGAAAUAUUGAAUAUCAUUGUUCAUAUGUGUCGGGCCAGAAGAAAAUUGUGUAAUAUACUAGCUCUUAGCUCAAAUUGUGUAAUUUAUGUGUUAUGAUGAUGACCAAUAAAGAUAAUGGCUAUUAUUCA